UGAAGCGCCGGGCGCACUUUCAUGAAUGAAUGAGAGCGGCUUCAGGACAGCAAUCCUCCCGGGACAGUCACAUCCUCGCACUCCUGCACGGAUAUUACAACCUCUGUUUCUACUGUCCACGUAAAGUAUGGAAGUACGAGUCCCCUCAAUCUCCCAGUGACACAAUGACACUCUACAAAGCGGAUUUUGUUAAGGAAUGCCGCUCCGUGAAGCGCUCGGAAUGAGACGCGCGAUGUCUUCGGCUCCGCUGCGGGACGCGCGGGCUGUCAUUCGCCCAUUUGGCUUCCAGCUGGUCAAAGUGAAGCGAAUAAAGUCCUGAAGAGAAUGGCCGUCUAUAGAGCGUCCUCAAAGGGAUGGCAACUUUUACCAACGCGCCCCUGGACCUCCGGAGACUCUUGCAAAAACUAGUCAUCAUGUUUUCCUUCAGCAUCAUAUGCGUCUCGAUACUAUACUUUCUGCUGGGAUGCUGCGAGUCGGACUUGGUGGACACUUCGCAGAACUCACCGCCGAGACUUUCACUGGAAUGGUAUAAUAAGACCGUGCUGAGAGAGAUAUUAUCGGCGCCUGACUAUGUGGCAGAUGAUAGUGGAAACAGCUCAGGGAAGGACUGGACAGCGACCCGGCGCCUCCCGGACGCGCUCAUCAUCGGAGUGAAGAAGGGAGGCACGCGUGCGCUCCUGGAGUUCCUGAGGCUUCACCCAGACAUCCGCGCACUCGGCUCCGAACCGCACUUCUUUGACAGGCACUACAUGCGCGGACUCGGCUGGUACAGGAGCAUGAUGCCUAAAGCCCUGAACGGGCAAAUCGUAAUGGAGAAAACGCCCAGGUACUUUGUCACCCCAGAAACGCCGGGCCGCAUCCACACUAUGUCACGUGACAUCAAGCUGAUCGUAGUGGUGCGAGACCCCAUCACUCGCGCCAUUUCAGACUACACCCAGAUCAUCUCCAAGACUCCUGACAUCCCCAGCUUCGAGAGCCUGACGUUCAAGAACCGAUCCACAGGACAGAUAGACUCUCUUUGGAGCCCGUUGUACAUCGGCCUGUACGCCAGACACCUGGAGCGAUGGCUGGCCUACUUUCCGCUCUCGCAGAUCCAUUUUGUCCACGGCGAGAGACUGAUAAGCGACCCGGCGGGCGAGUUGGGCCGCGUACAGGACUUCCUCGGCCUGCAGAGGAUCAUCACAGAUAAACACUUUUACUUCAACAAGACCAAGGGCUUCCCUUGCCUCAAAAAGCCAGAAGGCAGUAGCAAACCCCACUGUCUGGGCAAAACCAAAGGCCGAACGCAUCCUAAAAUCAACCCGGAGGUCAUUCAGAAACUGAGGGAAUUCUACCAGCCUCACAACCUCAAGUUCUACCAAAUGGCAGGCAUGGACUUUGGAUGGCAAUGAACUUUUCUGAGCGUUAACACCUAAUGGCUCCAUACUGCGGUUGAUUGAACUGAGUUGGUCUAAAAUGUGAUCGAAGUGAAAAACGAUAUCUUAGGAUGGUCAAUGGCUCUGUAGCUGUUCAAAUCAAUGCGUCUGGCAGAUAAAUAGAGGCCUGAGCACUUUGGGUCACAAUAGUCUUUUCAUACCGUCGGUGUGGCGCAGUUUAAGGGAACUGAUAGAAAUGACCUUAAAUCAUUGGUUUAAGUAGCACUUUUCUGCUCUUGCCAUUUUGAUGUCUUUUUUUAUGUUGCUUAGUCAAGCUUCAAUCAUGUUUGAUCGAUUCUUCAUAGUAAAAGGAGAAUUUGAAAUAAACUGUGUAGCAUAGACAUAUUUGUCAUUGUUGCAGAGAAAGAGGCAUUGUAGCACAUCUGUGUAAGGGCUGGUCUACAAUCACAUUCUACACUCAAUGGCUCAGAUUGGUUUUGAUUGUCUGCUGUAAUUGGCUCAAAUGGAGACAAUAUGCAGAUGAGGCCGGUCCUUUUGAAUUUUCCCUCUGCAUGCAUGAAUUUGCACUAGAAAGCCCACUAGAAAGCCAAUAAAUUAUUUUAAGUUCAUGUGUAGUUGUUUUCGCUCUGUUUAAUCCCAAAAAGUGAUGAGGUUUCAUAUAAAUGUUAAUGCAAAAAUAAUAUAUUUCUUUACCAUUUUUUUAUGUUUCACAUAAUUCUGAAAUA